UUAGAAUACGGGUGAGAAAUUUCCGGUUCGAGAUUAAAACCAGGCAGUAUUCGUGAAUUUAGAAAAUAGUCCCCGUUUCUGUGUUUGGUGGGAACAGCGUAAUAGAUAUUUUUCUGAUAUAGAUUAUUUUGAAAAAAGUGAAAGUAAUAAAAAGAGAUUUAAAAAUGGGAACAAGAGUGUAUGUUGGUCGCCUUAGUUAUGAUGUACGUGAGAGAGAUUUGGAAAAAUUUUUUAAAGGCUAUGGUCGCAUUAGAGAGAUACUGAUGAAAAAUGGAUUUGGAUUUGUUGAAUUUGAUGAUUAUAGAGAUGCAGAUGAUGCAGUUUAUGAAUUAAAUGGAAAAGAAUUGCUUGGAGAAAGAGUGUCUGUUGAGCAUGCACGGGGUCCACUUCGCGGAAGUGAUCUCUGGGGCUAUAGAAAUCGAAACUGGAGGACACCUCCGCGGAGGCGGGCAGGAAAAGAGAAAUAUGGACCUCCAACCAGGACUGAAUAUCGACUUAUUGUAGAGAAUUUGAGUAGUCGUGUUAGCUGGCAGGAUUUAAAAGAUUUUAUGAGACAAGCCGGAGAAGUAACAUAUGCCGAUGCUCAUAAACAGCGAAGAAAUGAAGGAGUUGUUGAAUUUGCUUCAUAUGGUGAUAUGAAAACUGCAAUAGAAAAGCUUGACAAUACUGAAUUGAAUGGAAGAAGAAUUAGAUUAGUUGAAGACAGACCAAGGCAUAGAAGCAGGUCACGUUCAAGAUCCAGAUCAAAAUCCAGAAGUCGUUCACAAUCAAGAAGCAGGAGUGGAAGCAGAAGUCGGAGCAAGAGUAGAAGUAAGUCUCGUUCAAGAUCUCCAUCCGCUUCAAGAUCCAGAUCAAAAUCUAGAUCCAAGUCUAGAUCAAAAUCGCCAUCCAAAUCACGUUCCCGUUCAAGAUCUAAGACUCCUGAAAAUCAAAGUAAAUCUAGAUCAAAGAGUAGAAGUCCAAGCAGAGAAAAAUCUAAAUCGAAGAGUAAAUCUCCUUCAAAUUCUCCUGCAAAUUCACCUUCAAAAUCGCCCGUUCCCGAAGAAAAAUCUGUCGAAGAAGAAAUGGACGACAAGGACUGAAGUGAUCUUUGUGUACCGAGAAUUCAUUUCUACAUCAUAGAUUAGUGGUGUAUCUGCUCAUAGCAGGUAUAUAAAAUUCAGUUAAUCCUGCAAAUGACAAAUAUUAGUCAUACUGGUCCAUGAUCUUGUAUUUUGAAAAAUGAAAAAUUUAUUCAGUGUGAAAUGAUAUUCAUCAAAUGCUGUAAAUGUUCAAUUAAAUACAUUUUAUAAUAAUA